AUGGGCCGUGUAAUCAGAGGUCAAAGAAAAGGUGCGGGGUCAGUGUUCAGAGCCCAUGUGAAGCACAGGAAAGGCGCAGCAAAGCUGAGAGCUGUAGACUUUGCUGAAAGGCAUGGCUAUAUCAAAGGCAUUGUAAAGGCAAGUACCAGAUUGUGGGGAUGUUCUGUUUCUAUUCUUGUAACUUAAGUUUUAAGAAAUCUGAAUCCCUUUUUCCCUAAUAAGAGUAGUUAUUAGCAGUUUAUACAGUCAAUAGAACUAGUACAGGCAGUAUUAUUUUGUUAUGCAUACUUUUGUGAAAUUCUAUAGUACAAAAUUUCUGAAAUGAUUUGAUGUUUUUAAGAUUGACACAGUAUGUAUUAAUGGUAUUUAAUACGAUGCAUAUUUAUAUUUGUAUUUUAUCAUCUUGAUGAAUCUGGUAGUAUGUUGAAUGUGGGUUAUGCAAAUAUUAACAUCUACAUGAAACCACUGUCAGCAGUAUGCAGAUGAUACUGUCUUGUUUCCAUUUAAUAAUACCAUGGAGGCUAUUGAAGUCAGUGUCUGGAGGCAGUCUAGGGGGCAGUGAGGGCAAACAAGUUGAGGUUGAGACCUAGACAAGACUUGAGGUACUGACUGUGGGUAAGGAAAUAAACUGCAUCAUAACAUGGUUUAUAACUUAUCUUGCAUGGGGAAUUCUUUAGUGGCCACCAUAUCUCCAAAAUUCAGUCAGUAACCUGUGCUCUGACAGGCUCCAACAUUGCAGGUCUUAAGGAAAAUCCUAAAGUCACACUUAUUUUCUGUUGCUAUUCUCUUAAUGGUUUUGUUCUGCUGAUGGUUUAUAACAAUAGAGAAACAAGAUGGUAGGGAAGAAGGUAAGUGCAUACCAAUAAGGUAGUUCUGGAAAUAUUUAAGCUUGCUUAAGAGCAAGACAACUAUAGGCUUCCAUUUAAAAGGCAAUGGCAUAGUUGAAAAGCACGGAGGCUAAGGGACAAAGCUUUUGAUUGAUUUAGGGGAGGAUUGCCUUUAUUCCAACUUCGUUUAACCUCAGCCAUUCCCAAAUGGAAAAUAUGUGGAAAUGAGGCAGCUCAUAAGUUAUGUAGAUAUGUAAUAUUACCUAGCAGGGCUAAGCAGUUAUCUCAAAUGCCUGGCCUUUUGAUCUGGAAAGUGCAUGUAAUUCACUGAGUAUAUUGGUAGUGUUGCUAACUAUCUGAAAUUAUAAGAUAAUUAAACUGUAUAUUUCAAUAGGAUAUAAUUCACGAUCCUGGUCGAGGAGCUCCUCUUGCCAAGGUUGUUUUCCGUGAUCCGUACAGGUUUAAGAAACGAACAGAAUUGUUCAUUGCAGCCGAGGGCAUUCAUACUGGACAGUUUGUUUACUGUGGCAAGAAAGGUGAGUAAAGACAAUAAACAGUUGUGCAUAUUUUUGGAAAUAGUUAGGUAACUUGAAAAUGUAGAUUAGAGUGAUACUGCAGCUCUAAAAAAUGUUUUUCAUGUGUACAAAUCUUUUAGCUCAACUCAACAUUGGCAAUGUCCUGCCCGUUGGUACUAUGCCAGAAGGCACUAUUGUCUGCUGUCUUGAAGAGAAGCCAGGUGAUCGUGGUAAACUGGCCCGUGCUUCUGGGAACUAUGCCACAGUUAUCUCCCACAAUCCUGAAACCAAAAAAACCAGAGUGAAACUGCCUUCUGGGUCCAAGAAGGUGAUCUCCUCUGCAAACAGAGCAGUUGUUGGUAAGUGUUGCCUCAUAUAUAUGCUAGGUUUUAUGCCUCAUAAGCUGAAGUGUUUGUGUUUGGAAGCGCCAGAACACCUCUACAAUCCAGAUUCUGCAAGUUCUGUAGUUUUAGGACAGUACUUGCAGAAUCUGGAUUGUAGAGGUGUUCUGGUGCUUCCAACUAAUAACACUUCGAAAAAGGUCUUAACGUGGAGGAGGUUUUCUGUAAAACUCAACCGAAUUGGCUAUUUACUACAACAGCAAUGCAUGAUAUCAUUUUACUAACUUUCUCAUACUAAUUUAAGGCCUGUAAUGAAAUAGAAGAACAUGACUGUGACUGAUUAUUUGGAGGUUAAGAUUUUCCAACUGUCUAGUCAAGCAAAUUCAUUUGGGAGUCUUUGAUGUUCUUUAUUGAAUAAUUGUGACUUAGAGUUGGCAGCUGGGUGUCUUAAAAGAGAAUUUUUUUAGCAUAUAUUAUUUUGCAUUGAGUCUGUCCUCUUUAGUCUGUUGACAGCAGAAGGGCAUUGUUGAUAGACAAUGGGCAUAUUGCAUUGCAAGAAUGAGGUGAUGAUUAAGCCCCUGACAUUGUUGCAUUCUUAUUGGUGUCUUGGUAUUUGUCACUAUAGCUGCUUGUAAGCACUUAAGAAAUUAGAAUCCAGUCUUUAAAAAUGACAUUGCACGAAAUGUGUUCUGUGUCAUUAUUUAAUACUGUGUUGCUACAGCAGUGGUCACCAACCUCUUUUUUUUUUUUGCCCUGGGCACAUUUGGAAUUUAAAAAAAAAAUGUUUUACUGCAAAUUAUCCAAAUAUACAAUAAUGAAGAAAUAUACAGAAAAAGGAAAGUGUAUAACUAAUAACAAUCAUAGCAGCAUAAAUAUAAUACAGCUACUGGUAAUCACAUAAUAUUCCACUUUUAGCUUUUGCUUGUGGAUUACACAAAUUUGGAAUUUUGAGAGUGCCAUGGACGUUACUCCCUCUGGUCGCUUUUUUCCUGCCCACCCAAAAAGCGAACAUAGACAAACUUUCACUUUUCCAGGUGGUCUGGAUAAAACCAUUCAGCAGAAUUAAAACAGAUCCUCUUGAAUGUGGUUUUACAUGCCCCCCCAAGCGUUCUCAAAUUUUAGCUUAAAUAGGUAGGCUUCACAGAACCAUUGCUUGCCAGCACCGGGAAAUCAUUGAUCCAUGGCAUGAAUCAUGAUUUUUACAUAGUACGACAACAGAAUCACAGAAUAUAUCUGUGAUCUGGUUAUGUGUGGAUAGAUAAUGGUUUUGAUGGAGUCCCUAUAAACAAUGGGGUUCUGUGUUUUGGACCCAUGUUUCUGCACCAUGGUGACACUAGAAAGUACCAGAUGUGAUGUUCAUUCAAUGGAGACUGAUGCGGUAUGUGAUCACAUGGUGGUUAAGAGAACCUGUGGGAAAAACUUUUAAUUUCAAGACAUUUACAUUCACUCAAGUUUCUCAAUUCAUUGUCUUCGGACGUCACUUGUCAGUCUUAUGUUCCUUCCCCCAGGCUAGAUUGCUUCACUUUCCCUACUUACCCUCACAAGUCACUCUGCUUUCUGAUCAGGCGCCAACCUUAGCCUUAGAAUGCACAUACUGCUGAAAGAGAGAGUGGGAAAGGUCCUCCCACUUCCUCCCUUAGCCUUGAUGUGGGAGUUGGUGGCUGUGAACUGUUCUGAGGUCUAUUGGUAUAGGGCAGUAUACAAAUAAUAAUUGCCACCCCUUAUAACGGAGUCUAAGAGACUUGUGGGCAGCCUCAAGGGCACACAUUAGCAUCCUCAGUGCUGCAGUCUCAUUUAGAAGUCUGAUCACAGUACUAAAUAUGGAAGGUUCAAAUAUUUUUACCAAAGUGAACUGUGAGACAAUAUGAAAGCAUUUCCCAGAAGCAAAGCAAAUGGAAAGCUUCGAAUAAAAUCAUUUGGUAAACAUUGUCUAUUGCUACUAUUAGUGCUGCGCACUUGGAAGGCCUACAAAGAGCAUAACUAACCAUGUUUAAUGGGGGAACAGUUAAAGCACUAAUACUGUUUUUGGAAAAUAAUAACAGGGAAAAUCUCUUGCAAAAAAUCUUCCAGGUAUUGUUGCUGGUGGUGGUCGUAUUGACAAACCUAUCUUGAAAGCUGGACGGGCUUACCACAAAUACAAGGCAAAGAGAAACUGCUGGCCACGUGUCCGUGGUGUAGCUAUGAAUGUAAGUCUUUCUUGCACCUGCUUCCUCUGGUUACUUAACCUACUACCUUGAUACACUGAUGGUGGUUUGCAGUUUUAAGAUGUAAUCUAUUUUAGUGACAUUAGACAAGAGGAAAAUGGAAUGCAGAGGUAGAAGAAAUGUAAUCAGACAUGGCUAGUGACUCCUUCAUAGUAUGGAGAAUACAGUUCCACAAGGAUAGGAACCAACAGGUAGCUGGUUCCAACAGAGAUACGGGAUUGGACUGGUUCCUCCUGCAGAUAAAGCUAGAUAAAAUGGCUGCUAAUGGAGAUAGUGCUAAUAUGACCUAAGUGUCCAUCCAAGUUUUCUUUACAACCAUUACAUGAAUGAAGCAAGCUAAGUUUUAAGGCUUGUAAUUCAAUAUACAUCUGUAGUGGCACUGUCCCCAUAACGAAUGUAAAAAAUAAAUAAAUCAGCAUACAGUUCAAAGGUAAAACAAGCCAAGUUGUUAAAUCAACAGCGGAAUGUAGCACCUUCACUUUGUAGCAUUUCCUGAAGGUCAUCAAAUCACGGCUUUGAUCUAAGCAAACUAUGCAGAUGGAGCUUAGUGAUAAACUUAGUUGCUGGGUUUUGUUUUGUUUUGUUUUGUUUUUUUGGUUUUUUUUAUAUUGGAAAUAAUUUCCUGCCUUAUUUUUUACUCUGGUUGCUGCUUUUCUUUCAUAGCCUGUUGAACAUCCCUUUGGUGGUGGUAACCAUCAGCACAUUGGUAAGCCUUCAACCAUCCGGAGAGAUGCCCCAGCUGGUCGCAAGGUUGGUCUCAUUGCGGCCCGUCGUACUGGCAGACUGCGUGGAACAAAGACCGUGCAGGAGAAGGAGAACUAA